AUGGCAAAUAUGUAUCAUCAACGUUCAAGGGAGGCGAAGUUAGAGCUGAUGAAGACCCCACAAAAUAUGGAACGUAAUGCGUUUGUGUCCGUUUUGUUUAUGGACAAGUUUGUAAUUGAUGGCAAGUCAGGGGUCAAGAAGCUGCCCGACUCCUCAUCCACCAUGUUCAAGAGGCAGAGGAGGACAUACCAAGAGGCUCAAACACUUGACGAUGAAGAAGAAUUUGAGCUGUUUGUUCGUGGGUUCAACAUCGGCCAUCCCAUGUGUGAUUUCAUGUAUGCGGGCGCUGAGAAGGAAUGCUCCGACGAGAAGAUUUGA